AUGUCCUCCCCGCCUGCUCCCUCGACCACAACUCCGGCGCAACCAACCGCUAAGCACGGCGUGCGCCGCUCUUUCACCCUGCCCACGCGCCUCGCCGGCUCGAGUCCCGCGGCGCAAUCGCCCGGCUCUGCCGACGGCGUCGAGAUACUGUUCAAUCACAGCUUCGCCAAAAUCUUGCUGUUCACGACCGCCUCGUCGUUAUCUCGGCCGUCGUCUAGCGCUAGCAAUCGCACGGUGCUAGGGGACAAUGGCCACGCCGACACGAUCCCCUGGAUCUCGCCAACGGAGAGCACCGUCGCUGCUGGCCCCAUAAGAAUCUACCGCGUCCCCGGAUCCGUCGCAUUCCUACACUCGGGCUCGUUGCUGCACGCCAUCUUGCCCAAGUCGCAGUGUUGGUGCGUCGAUGGCGUGUCCAAGUUUGCCAUGCGCAUACCCCGCCCCAAUUCGUACUACCGCAUCGAGCUUCCCGGCGAGGGGGCGGAGAACCUGGCCAAGGUGGAGGAAUUCAAGGCCGUGAUGGAGAAGGUCCUUUUGUACGAAAAGACCGUCUGUCCGUUUACGCGCGGCUUUCACGUCGAGAUACCCGAGGUGCCGGCCACGCCGCCGCGUAAAAAGAGACCCGUGACACCCGGCAGGGCCAAGAAGUGGAAGCUGGACGGCAUCUGGAAGCCCGAGGACGGACAGAGGCCGGUGAGCCAGGGAACCGAGAGAUCUUUUACCUCGGAAACGAGCACCAUUUCUGCAUCAUCCGGCCCCUACAGACGCAGUAGCGUCUUUUCGACGUCGUCGAUUUCCAGCUCCAUCGUUGAGGACGAGACUCCUUCCGAGGACGGCUCCUCGGAGAGCUCUGCCCAACGGCGGCCGCCCCUCAAAGCCAACACGAGGCCCGCCGAGGGCUCGAGGUCGGUGACGGCGCCGGUAGGGCUGAGGCUGAGGUCUGCGUCAAGUUCGAUGCUCAGGUCGACGUCGAGUUCUUCGCUUGGCGUCUCGGCUGAAGAGUCGUCAGACGUCCAUUCUGAUGCCGCAAGCAUCUCGUCGGCCGCAGACUCGACUGCGGACUCAUUUUACUCGCUGAACAACGAAUCGCAUCUGCGACAGCAGCACUCUCGGCAGGCAUCCAUGUAUUUUGACGCCGCAUCGAUGGGUCGAGAAUCGCCACCUUCGCAGUCGGUAGACGGCGCGUCAGAAUAUAAUACGGAUUCCAGCCCUGGCAGGCGCCAUAAGCGUGAGAUCUCCGAGCUGACCAUCACCGGUCGGACGCACCUGAGUGAAGAUGAGCGGUCACCGUUCACGCCAUCGCCUCGUGCCGACGAACGGCCAACUUCGGCGCCGCCGACGCCAACACUGACCAGCGAUUCGGAUUCGGCCGUCGAUCUGAGCUAUCCAGAUAUCGACCCCCCGCCGGAGAACAUCAGGCUGCGGCGCCUGACGAGCACGUCGCAUCUGCGAGCCUUCUCACCGAUGCCCCAUCCGGCCAAUCUGUUCACUCCGCCGGCGCAGGCGCAUCCCAAGAAGGAGUACAGAACGGCCAUCAUGCAGAAGACGAUGGGCAUGUUGAUCGGGCCGCCUGCGCAUCUGGUCGCGCUCAUGCUCCGCAUCGCGGCACGCAUCGCGACCGGGGUGUUCACGCCGGAUUCGUGGAGGCUGCGGCGGGGGAAGAAGAUUCCGGGAGCAUGGCAGUGGAGCGAAGACGAGGCGGACGAAUGGGAUGACGAGGACGAUUACGGCAUCCCUCUCGGGAACUACAGGAGGAGAGAGACGGACGCGUCGGAUGUUGACUGA